AUUGCGUGAUAUAAAGUCAGAAUUCUGACUUUUUUUCUCGCAAUUCUGACUUUUUUUCUCGCAAUUGCGAGUUAUAAAGUCAGAAUUCUGACUUCUUACUUUGCUUGCGUUGCCUUUCAUUGCGACUGACCAUCAGGAUUGGUGCUUCGUUAUUAUUCUACAUAAAAUGGAAGACUUCAUAAAGGAUUAUUUUCAGCGCGGAUUUACAAAUAAAGAAAUUUUGAUUUUACUGGAGGAGACACAUAACAUAAAGAUUAGUCUCCGGACAUUAGAGAGAACAUUAUGCAGGAAUCAGUUGUGGCGGAGGCGCAAUAAAACUGAUGAAGCUGAAGUUGCACAUUUUAUACACCAACAGCUUCAGACAUCAGGACGGCAGCACGGCUAUCGCUGGAUGCACCAGAAAUGUUGGAUGUCGGGGAUUGUUACAGACAGAGAAACUGUCCGUCAGUUGAUGCGACUGUUAGAUGGACAAGGAGUUGAUCUACGGGCGCAUGGGCGUCUGCGGCGACGCGUGUAUAACAGUCGCGGGCCAAAUUAUGUUUGGCAUAUAGACGGGUAUGAUAAAUUAAAACCUUACGGAAUAUGCAUAAACGGAUGCAUAGAUGGCUUUUCAAGAAAAAUGAUCUGGCUUGAAGCGUACAAAACAAAUAAUAACCCACGAGUAAUUGCAGGUUAUUUUAUACAAGCUGUUGCUGAUAACAGAGGAUGCCCACAAAGAAUUCGCAUCGACCAUGGAACUGAAAAUACUCAUAUUGCAGAGAUGCAAACAUUCUUCAGAGACACUGCAAGUGCAGAAUGUGUCACACUUGGUCCAAGCACUGGGAACCAGAGAAUUGAACGAUGGUGGUCCACCUUGAGAAGCCAGUGCAUACAGUUUUGGAUGGAUCAUUUUGACCAACUAAAAGAAGAUGGACACUUUGUUGACACUUUUAUUGAUAAAUCUCUUAUCCAGUUUUGCUUCCUGCAUUUCAUUCAGGAAGAGCUAGAUGAAACGGUCAGUGCCUGGAAUAGCCACAGGAUACGGCCAACUCACAAUCCACGUGCCCCCAGUGGUCGACCUUCAAUCAUGUUUGCUGUUCCCAUCUUAUAUGGCGUGCAGAAUUACUUGCAUCCAGUUGCAGAAAUGAAACUGAGUAUUUGCCAGGAGGAGUGUUUAUUUAAAGACUAUCCUUGUGAUGAAGAUGUCUUUCAACUAUGUGUAGAACUCAUGGCUGAGCAUAACCUUGUCAUGCCAGAUGAUGUUUAUGAAAUUACAGACCUUUACCUCCAACUUCGUGAACUGAUCCUUCAAGGACUGGACUUGGAGGACUAGAAAAUUGUAUAUUAGCCUACUCUCCUCAUUAUAAGCUAUUUGAAUGUAAUGUUGCAAUAAUAAUAAUAAUAAUAAUAAUAAUAAUAAUCAUAUUUUUUUGCAUUAAAUUUACAUCUGUGUCUGCAACCACAAGAGGGACCCUCAAAGUUCUGAAAGGAAAAGGAAUGGCCUCAAGCUGACUAGCUGUGCUAA